GCCGCAGUACACAAACCAACCACCCAUUUCCCCCUCCCCGCGCCGCGAACCCCCCGCACCGAAGCCAAAACCCGUUGCCGACGGUCGACAGUGGGUGCCGGGCCGGAUCCCCGGCCAGCGAGGGGUUAACGGGGCGGCGGGAGGGGGUGGAUUUCGGGGUUUUAUGGUUAUUGCAGCCAAACUGGAAAGGUGAGGCAGGAAAAGGGCAACGCCUGCGCCCGGCCCCGCCGCACGUGGGGCGCAGCCGCCCAGCGCCGCGCAGGUACGAGUGUCCCGGGGACACCCCGUUCCCCUUCCCCAGGAGUCCGGGGGCUCUGCAGCCGCGGUUGUGCCGGCACGUCGCGGCGGUUUGGGGGGAAGAGCACGUGCGGACCCGGGCCGGGAGAGCGUCCGUCUGUCCGUCUGUCCCCACCACUCCCGGAGCCGUCAACCCGCACCCGCUGCACCGCACCAGUGGCAGAACCCGGGGCCUUUGCUUUCCCAACCGCUCACGUUUUCGUGCUGAACCAUCUGUUCCCUGGUAAAAAAACGGAAUUGUGCCCAUUUGGUGGACUUUGCGGUUGCAAACCGGAGCAGGAGCCGAUGCGAUGGAAGGAGACCAGCCCGCCCUGAGCGCAGAGGAGCUGACGACGCCCUCGCUGAAGAAGGCCCAGACCCCCCCUCUCCACGAGGACGCCAACACCGCCGUCAUCGCAGUCGUCAUCACCCUGGUGUUCCUCACGCUGCUGACGGUGCUGGUUGUCAUUGUCACCUACCUGUACCGGAACAAGGGCACCUACCUCACGUACGAGGCGCCGGCGGAGCCCGAGCGGGCGCUGCCGCUGGAGGAUGCUCCGGCCAGGGAGAAGGAGGAGUAUUUUAUUUAAAACCACCCUCCGCAGGUUCCAGUUCCCCCAAUUCCCCGGAGUCGUGGGUCUAUAAGCUGCUUUUUUUCCUUAAUUUAUUAAACCAACCGUGGAAGGAAAA